CACAAAAUUACACAAUGCGAACCCGGAUCAUUAUCAUGCUAUUGCCCGCACUGGCAUUCGGCAGAAUUAUCGUUCAUAUUAAAGCAGCAGCAAAAAACGAGUCAUCAGUACGCUUCACUGGGACUGACAGAAACAUCAUCAGCGACAUCGAAAUGAAGAGCUUCAACAUCACUUCUUCAAAUCUAAAGGCAGCUGUGCGUGGAUACUCUGGUGGAAGCCCUAAUGGUGUCUUUGUGAAAAGCCCUACGCCAUGGGGAAACUUGUAUGAAAGGUUCAAUUGGACAGAAGUUACAAGAGUAACAAACGUUAAAAGAGCAAUGAUUACUAAUAUCGCAACUGAGGCAGUAACACUAUCUAAAUCUAACUGUAUCAACCAAUCUAACAAUUCUGAAAUAGUUUGUGAUGUAAAAGCAGAUGUUGAUAACUAUGUUAAGAACAACUUCACUGGAAAACGAAUGUCAAUAAACGCAGAAUAUCAUAUAGAUUUGGUAUGUUUGCAUCGUAAAUUAGUGUUGCGUUUAGGUGUGAAUAACUUUACCGAAGAUCCUAUGAAUUUGCAAAUUAAAGAUAAAAUCACUUUAGAAUCCUCUCAAACUGCUGUGUAUGUAUUAAAUGCUACUAAAGUUAAUAUAGACGUGUUAGUGGACUAUGAGUCAAGUGUUUUUGGAGAUGUGGCCGCAAACUUUAAUCCAAGAUAUAAGGGUCAUCAUUUCUGGGUAUAUAAUUUAAGAGAGCUCAUAGCUGUUGGCAGUGGCAGUAUGUCAGCUGUUCAGAAAAAUAGUAAUUUAAUCACCAUGGAAUAUUUUAUCAACGCAUUUGCAUACGCAGUUGAUCAAAAUACUGGGAUGAUGAUUAGGGGAAAAAGCCACAUCGUGCCGCCCAGUGUUCAGUAA